AAGAGGGAAGUAGUGACACGCUGCUGGACAGUCGCUGACAGUAACGUCGCUCCUCGGACGUAAAACCAUCCACUCAUGAAUAACGACCCACGUAUUUCUUCUUGGAGCAGUCUGACAGGAUGGCAUCACACGGGGGGGAGGAGCCUCCUCUAAACGGCGGUCAAUCCGAUAGCCGUCUCAAGAGCAAGAAGCCGCCCAGCCUUGUUAUAGCCAUCCCUCCACCUGAGGGGAUGGCGUCCCACGACCCCGCCAAGCAGCCACUACGGCCGUCCCUGAAGAAAAGCGCCAGCGGUCAAGCAACCGGUUCUGUGUCCGACGGCGUCAGUGGAGCCAGAGAAGGAGCAGGAGAUGGAGGCUUCUCCUUCAGAGACAGGAGGGCAAAGUUUGGAAGACAAGCGUCGCUCUCGCAAAGCAUCCGCAGGAAUACAGCGCAGUGGUUUGGGGUGGGGGAGGACUGUGAGACCGAGCAGCAGCUAUGGCAACGGAAGAGCCUGCGCCACUGCAGCCAGCGCUACGGCAAGCUGAAGGCCCAGUACAGAGAGCCGGAGACGGCCUCCAGCAUCGACCAGGGCCUGGACUCGCCAGGAGCUCACAAGAUGCCCAAGAUUGUGGAUCCCCUGGCACGGGGGCGAGCCUUCCGUUGCCCAGAUGAGAUGGACAAUCGCUCCCCGAGGACGCCACACACCGCCGAGGGGGGGCCCUUCACCCCGGGGGUCACCUCACUCACCUCCAUCACCAGCCAGCGCUCCGGGUACAGCCGCUUCCCCAAGCGCAAGAGGGAGUCUGUCGCCCGCAUGAGCAUCCGAGCUGCAUCCAACCUGCUGAUGGGUCGUAGCGGCCUGGCAGGCUCUCAGACGGGUCGCAGCUUCCCCAAGAGGAGCUUUGCCAGGCCCAGCUGGAUGGACGAGGACACCGUGGACUCGGCAGACACGUCCAAGUCACUCUUCUUCAGCAAGGUUGAUGCCCAUGAUGAGUUGUACUCUAUGGCCGAUGACGUGUUUGAAUCGCCUCCCAUUUCUGCAGCUUUCGCUCCCAGCGAACAGCCUGACCAGAAGUUCCCAAGCAUUAAGGACGUAUCUCGAACGCCCAGGACACCAGCAGUAGGAGCUGAAAAGGGCCAGCCUCGCCGUGGCCGUCGCAUCGCCUCCCAAGUGAAGCACUUUGCAUUUGACAAACGCAAGCGUCAGUACGGUAUGGGCGUUGUGGGGAAGUGGCUGAACCGCCACUACAGACGCAGCCUCAGCAGCAACAUCCAGAAGCAGCUGGACGACUUCCACAGCCACAGGCCCUACUUUUCCUACUGGAUCACAUUUGUCCAUGUAGUGAUCACUCUGCUGGCCUGCUGCACGUACGGUUUUGCCCCCUUGGGGUUUGCACAACAUUCUAUGUCUGAACUGGUGCUGAAGAACAAAGGUGUUUAUGAGAGUGUCAAGUUUAUCGAACAGGAGAACUUCUGGAUCGGUCCUAGCUCUGACGACCUGAUCCACCUGGGCGCCAAGUUCUCACCGUGCCUCCGUAAAGACGCACAGAUAGUCAGUCUGAUCCAGAGGGCGAGAGACCAGGAGAGAGAGUCCGGCUGCUGCGUUCAGAAUGACAACUCCGGAUGCGUGCAGACCCUCAGCUUCGACUGCUCCGAGACACUGGCCACCUUUAUUAAAUGGAAGGAUGAGCCGGUGGAGAUCAACAGGUCCUCUGGUUCUGUCUGUCACCAAGAUCCCAGAGUGUGUGAAGAGCCUGCCUCUGGAGUGCCUCAUGUAUGGCUAGAUGACAUCACCAAGUGGCCGGUGUGUACCUUUCCCAUAAAGUCGAACCACACAGGCUACAGACACAUGGACUGUAACAUCAAGGGACGACCGUGCUGCAUAGGAACUAAGGGCAGAUGUGAGAUCACGACCAGAGAGUAUUGCUCUUUCAUGCAUGGUUACUUCCACGAGGAGGCCACACUCUGUUCACAGAUCCACUGUCUGGAUGACGUGUGCGGCUUGUUGCCGUUCCUCAACCCCGAUGUUCCUGACCAGUUCUACCGUCUCUGGCUCUCUCUCUUCCUCCAUGCUGGGUUAUUGCACUGCCUGGUGUCGGUGGUGUUCCAGAUGACCAUACUGAGAGACCUGGAGAAGCUGGCUGGUUGGGUCCGCAUCUCCAUCAUCUAUAUCCUCAGCGGUAUCACUGGAAACCUCGCCUCCGCCCUGUUCCUGCCCUACAGAGCUGAGGUGGGUCCAGCGGGGUCUCAGUUUGGACUCCUCGCCUGCCUGUUUGUCGAGCUGUUUCAAGGUUGGCAGAUCCUGGAGAAGCCGUGGAAAGCCUUCCUCAAGCUGCUGGGCAUCGUCCUCUUCCUCUUCCUGUGCGGCCUCCUGCCGUGGAUCGACAACAUCGCCCACAUCUUCGGUUUCCUCAGCGGCUUGCUGCUCUCCUUCGCCUUCCUGCCCUACGUCACCUUCGGGAACUUCGACAAGUACCGGAAGCGCGUCCUCAUCGCCGUCUCGAUGGUGGUCUACACCGGGCUGUUCUCCUCGCUCAUCGUUUGGUUUUACAUUUACCCGAUCAACUGGCACUGGCUGGAGCACCUGACCUGCCUGCCCUUCACAAACAAGUUCUGUGAACGCUACGACAUCGACCAUGACAUUAACGAUGUGGUGCACUAAUCCCGAGGCUGCCGAUGGCGUGACUGUGCUGCCGAUCCACCCGCCAGUGGUCCGGUCAGCUGUUUCCCGGUCAUCUCCGUGGCCUUUUAAGAAUGUCAGAAUAUUUUUGUAUUAUUUGCUCAUCAAAGGAACUGAUCAUCAGUCUCUUCUCCUCGGCCUUCACCUCCCUCAAACUCUCCUCCUACUUUGUAAUCCUGUCGAGUCUGGCACUGCCAAGCAUGGAGGACGGGAAGGGAGACUCGGGACGACUGAAACUACAAAGAGCCGGGUGGACCAAAGAAAAUGUUCGACAGAGCGAGAGGCGGUCUGCUUCCUUCAGCUCAAAGUCCCCAUGAAUCUAAAGAAGCCAAAGGAAUCACCGCUUCCCUUCAGCCCUGUGGACGACAAGCGGCUGAGACGGAUGCCGUGGUGGGUCACCGGGUGUCUUGACUGAGAUCCAUCAGAGGCCUCCUGCCACUAGUUCACGUUGGGAACCGCUGGCUUUAACGCAACACGCCGCCAUUCAGUCCGGCGGCUUUUAUCCAUUUCAACAGUCGUGAAUAUGGAGGCAUACCGAUGUUGUUUGGAGCAGUGAAAUGUUCCGCUCAAAGUGUUCCUAGUAUUACCUGUGCAGAUGAAAUAUUUCAAGUGAAAUGCCAGUGGUCAACUCCAGUAAGAUGUCUAUCUCAAACCACUAGCAGCCUUAAACAGACUAUGCCAUUGUACAAGGAAGCCUCAUUUGACUUGUGCAUACUUCUCGUGAUCCACUGGCGGCAUGCUGAGGAGAACAUCCCAAAGCAGCUGCUUAUAUGCACACAUGUUGUUCUUUCUAAUCGCUCUCGUUUUCUGUGCGUCACUGCGACAAAAUCCUCAGUCAAGCUCUACUUAGGUCUCACAUUUGGUCCCAUUUGUCCGCCAGCACGGGGGUGCCGCCACUCUGAAAACAUUUGUGAAAUGUAUAUUUAUUCCAGGAGUGAACAACAGGCAUUGUUGCGAGAGAUCUCUCCCUCUGGCUCCCGUCUUUUUCGCUUGGAUCUAGUUUGAUGUUUGCGUAAUGUCAACGCCACCAUCUGUUUAUGAAACGUACUGUCUAGUAAGCGUGAGCUCGUCAUAGAAAACCUCUUCACUGUGCCUUCUGCGAGUGUUUGAUCGGACCCGUCCUCAUCGGGGACGGUGCGUGCUGCAGUUUCACCGCUGUGUUUUCGUUGGGACCAAAUCAUUUCACUUUUUUCUAUUUGUUGGAAUAAAAAGGGAUCGUUUCAAUUACA